AUGUCUUCCAACUCCGGUACUGCUGGCCAACCCGCCCUCCCUGUUCCAGUCGACGCUGAGGUCGACCGUAACGGCGUCGACACGAAGACCCCUGAGCCCAGGAUCAAUGCAGUCGAAAUCCGCUCCGUCAUCGACGGCAUUCUCAAGAAGAUCGAGCAAGAUGUCGACUGGGACCGUGGGGGCUUCACCAAGAAUACCGUCUCGACCAUGCGUUCCCGCUACCAGGAAUUCAACUGGAUUAUAUGCCAUUCUGAUCACUCCCACCUCUGGAACGGUAGCAGGGGUGUCGAUUGGGAGCACUGGCACCACGAGCUGGACGUGUACGGAGCCGGAACGAUUGGAUACGAAAUUUAUUGGGCUAGGUCCGGAGUGUUCUCACUCAAUGGAGACGGUGGUUUCGAGAAUUGGGCUUAUAUUGGAAACGUGCAGAAGCUUGACGGGGGAAGAGUCCUCUCUUUCUCCCCUUAA